CUUCAUGCGCUUAUACGUUGCAGGCAUACUCGCAGUAAGGGUAUAGGAGACCCAAAUCGCGCGUUUCAGCUUACUUGCAUGGCAAGGGCUGCUUCCAGCCGAGCGAUUGCGGCCUUCUGGUAUCCUUCGAGGCACCAGACAGCAGCGCAACUGCGUUUAGGCACACCAUAGCAGUACUAUCCUACCUUGUUAACGAUGUCCUACCAGGCUAAAGUGCCGCUUCCGCGUGAGGUGCCAGCUGGCGCAAUCUUUGGUCGUCAGGGCCGCAACGUCCGCUGGCUGCAAACCCAGGCGGGCCCAGGAACGCGCAUCUUUGUUGACCCAAACGGCAUCACCAUUAAUGCCACAUCUAGGCAAUCGCUGGAGCGGGCUGUGAUCCUCUUGCGCAAGCAACUGCAAGCGAACAUCGCAAUGGGCAGUCAAGCCUACCCUCACCCUGCGCGUGUGGACUUUGUGUUGCUAGGGAGCGCGAAGGGCGCGGAUGACAACGUGCGGUUCGUUGCAAGGCACGGCGACGAGGUUGCACGGCAAACCGGCCGGCGGGAGCAGCUCUUCUCCCUGGCGCCUAGCUGCAUCCCCCAAGGCGACACCGGGAGCACCACCCUGGAUGUUGGCACCAACAUCCAUGAAUGCGGCUACAUUUUCACAUCCAACUGCAACCGCCGUACGACAGGUGCCUCCCAUGCUGCCAUGGCAACAGCCGUUGAUCCAAAUGAGGGCCUGUCCAGCCAAGAGCAGCUGCUGCUGCGGGUGCACAACAGCGACUCCCUGGAGGCGGUGGCGGCUGCGCUGUCCGCCGCGGUGCACUCGGCAGCCGGGGUGCAGCCGCCGUUUGGGCUGCUCAAGCUGAGGUUUAACCUGGGCACGCAGUUCUUCUACAACCUGGGGGACUUGGAGCUGUGCGGCGCUGUCAGCCCCACCUGCCUCCAGGAUGUUGGCAGCUACGCGAAGGGAAAGGUGCGGUCGGUGUACGGCAACAGUGUGCCCGAGGCCACCGUACACCGCCUCAUCGCUCUGCUGACGGGGGAGCCGGCUGCUGCUGAGGCGGGUGCUGCGGGUACUGGUCCUGCUAACGCUGCUGCUGGCGCCGGCGGCAGCAGCGACAGCAGUGGCAAUGACAACAGCGGCGGCGGGAGCAGCGGUGGUGGCAGCGGAAUGGGGUUUGUACGGCUGGAUUCGGCGACAUCCGCCAUGCUUCACGUGAUCAACCAGGAGCUCAACGUGCACUACGCCAUUGUGUUGCAGCUGGGAGAGGGCGGCGACACCGACGUGCGACUGGAGCGCCUAGAGUCCUCUACCUCCAAGUUCCACUUCGUGAGCUUGCUGGCGGGGGGGCCGCUGGACCUGCGCGUCAAGAUGAUGGGGCAGCACCCGGACCUGCAGGACGCAACAGCGCGAGAGGUGGCGGACCACAUCGUGCGGAGGUGCCGGGAGGACGGCUUCACGGCCUUCCUGGCAGACCCCUCCAGCUACCUGCCCACGGGGCGGCACCUGUACUGCGAUACCGUACGCAAGAGGUGUCGUACAUUCUACACGGGGGUCAUCCAGGCGCCUGGCGGCUCCUCCUCCCACCCGGUCGAGGUGGUGGUGCAGCGGAUCCAGGAGGUGACUCAGCCCAACCAGCAGCCCUACACGCACAACAAGGGAGGCCUCUCCCCCCCCACGGCCCACAUUGAGGUGGGUGGUGCGCUGCC